AUGGCUCUGGACAGCGGAAGGAAGGAGCUGCUGUGGAACACGCUGAGGGAGCUGGGGGAGGACGACUUUGAGUCCUUCAGGUUCCACACGGACCUGCCUCAAAGCGUACGCGAAAACCCUCGCCGGGUGUACAUUGCUGACGAACUGAUGAAGAAGCACGGCGAGAACACUCUGGACCAGACCAUCAUGCUUCUGGAGAAGAUCGGUAACAACAAUUUGGCCGAGAAGCUGCGCAGCGACAUGGUGAAAAUAAAAGGCGCCGACUUCUCCGUCCACGAUGACGGUCAGAUUUCCAGAUUGAAGAGGGAGCUCCAAGACAACCUGCGGCGUUUAUACAGGUUUGCUUCCGAGGGCAACACCGAGCGCUGGCAGCAGCAGCCCCUGGAGGACGUCUACACGCAGCUAGACGUCACCUACGGGGCAGACGUCAGCCCGGACGGGCGGCAUGAGGUCCUCCAGAUGGAGACGUGUGCCGCGGCGGCCAAGCAGUCUAUCCUGCCGUGCGACAUCUUCAAAAGCCCUGACGGGAACCGGCGACCUAUACGCACGAUGCUCACCGUCGGCUUCGCAGGAAUAGGAAAAACCUUCCUGAUUCAAAAGUUUGUGUCGGACUGGGCCAGCGGUAGUACUAACCAGGACGUGGACUUCAUAUUUCCUUUCACCUUCCGCGAGUUAAACAUAGAGAAAGGGGAGAGCUUUACGUUGGCCAAACUGAUCCAAACCUUUGUCUGCGGAAACAGGCACAUGAGCGAGAGACUGAACAAUAUAUUUGACAACCUGCAAACUUCUGGGAAGCGGGACUUUGAAAGCAGCCGAAUCAAGAUCUUGUUUAUCCUCGACGGACUGGACGAGUGCAACUUCAAAAUCGACUUGAAGAAAGUAAGGAAAGUGGACAUGGACGUGAAGGAGACCUACCCGCUGGACGUACUGCUGGCGUAUCUCAUCAAUGGGAACCUGCUUCCGUGUGCCAGGGUUUGGAUCGCCACGCGGCCCGCGGCAGCCCGCGAUAUCCCCUCCGACCUCAUCGACAGCAGAACAGAGGUGCGAGGAUUCAGCGAUUCCCGGAGGCUGGAGUACUUUCGGAAAAGGUUCCCAAACGAGGAGCGCGUCAUUGAGCACAUUCGGAAAUCUCACACCAUUUUCAUCAUGUGCCACAUUCCCAUCUUCUGCUGGCUCACCGCCAUAGUUCUUCAGGAUACUUUGGACAAAGGGAAGAAGGGAGAGCUUCCCACAACGCUGACUGACAUGUACUCAGCGUUAAUAGGUCACCUACUGGAAAAUUCCAAGGAGAGAAAUACAAAUAAGUACAUCCUUGACGUGAAAACACUCGCCAAGCUGGCAUUUGACCACACCAUGAAUAAGUGUCAGAUCUUCUAUGAGAACCACCUGGCGGACAGCGGUUUUGAUUACGGCCAAGCUGCAAAACACUCCGGAAUAUUCACUGAGGUCUUUAAGGAGGUCCCUCCGCUCAGGAGAAACAAACAGAAGAUGUUUCAGUUCAUUCAUCUGACCAUCCAGGAGUAUCUGGCCGCACUGUACGUAAUGAUGAGCCUCUUCCACGACAACAAGAACGUACUGGAUGGUUCAGGACUGAAAACAAUGUUCAUGCCUGUUAAGCAGAAGACAAUCACUGAGGUCCACAAGUCAGCUCUCCAGAAAGCCUCGGAAAGUGAAGGAAACCUGGAUAUGUUCCUCCGCUUCCUCGUUGGCCUUUCCUUGCCAUGCAACCAGGAACUAGUGGGGGAACUGCUGAAGGCUCCUCAGGGCUGCGGGCAAAGCAAGUCAAAGACAGUCAAGUUGAUCAAGGAAAGGGUCAAACAGAACACUCCGGAAAAGAAUGUCAACUUGUUCUACUGCCUAAACGAGCUGAAGGACGACUCUUUGCUGAAGCAGAUCCAGCAGGAAUUAGCUUCAAGACGUCUGUCCUGGCAUCUAAUGCCAAAUGACAUGUUGUCGGCCCUGGCCUUUUUCUUACUGACAGACGAUGAAACCAUGAAGUCAUUUGAUCUUGGCCACUACAUCCCCAUGCCUUUGGGGCUCGAGAAGCUGCUGUUGGUGGUCAAGGCUUCUCAAAAAUCAGUUCUAAGGGAUUGUAACCUGUACAAAGACAGCUGUCACCUGCUGGCUUCCGUUCUCAGUUCUCCAUCCAACCUGAGGCAUCUGAAUCUGGGCUUGAACCAUCUGUCGGACGAGGGGGUGGAGAUCCUCUCGAAAGGACUGGCCAGCCCACACUGCAACUUAGAAGUCCUCAAGCUGGACUGCUGCUGGAUCACCAGUAAAGGAUGUGUUUCAUUGGCUGAGGCUCUCAAGGUAACACCCUCCCAUCUUCAAGAGCUAGACCUGACCAGGAACAAUGUGUCAGAUGAAGGGGUCGAGAUCCUCUCGAAAGGACUGGCCAGCCCACACUGCAUCUUACAAAUCCUCAACCAUCUUCAAGAGCUGGACCUGAGCUGGAACGAUCUGUUGGAUGAAGGGGUCAAGAUCCUCUCAAAAGGACUGGCCAGCCCACAUUGCAUCUUAAAAGUCCUCAACCUGACAAAGUGCAGCAUCACUCAGCGAGGUUGCAUUUCGUUGGCUGAGGCACUGAAGGUAACCUCCUCCCAUCUUCAAGAGCUGGACCUGAGCUGGAACAAUCCGUCAGACGAGGGGAUUGAGAUCCUCUCGAAAGGACUGGCCAGCCCACACUGCAUCUUAAAAAUCCUUAACCUGUCACUGUGCGAGAUCGCAGAUAAAGGAGGCAUUUCAUUGGCCAAGGCUCUCAAGUUAAACCCCUCCCAUCUUCAAGAGUUGAAUCUCGGGGCAAAUCGAAUAGAGAAAGAAGGAAAGAGGGUCUUAUUGGAGAUCAAGGAGGAUCCCAGCUAUAGCCUGAAGACUGUCAGGUUUAAAUGA